AUGGCUUCCAGCUUUAAGAAGCAAAGUGUAGGCUCUAGCAGCCAGAAAAGAAAAGUGGGUCCUAAGCCUGAACUCACUGAAGAUCAGAAGCAAGAAGUUCGCGAAGCAUUCGACCUCUUCGAUGCCGACGGAAGUGGCACCAUUGACGUGAAGGAGCUGAAGGUGGCCAUGAGAGCGUUGGGCUUUGAACCCAGGAAGGAAGAGAUGAAGAAGAUGAUCUCCGAGGUGGACAAGGAAGGCACGGGGAAAAUCAGCUUCAAUGACUUCUUGGCAGUGAUGACUCAAAAGAUGGCCGAGAAAGACACCAAAGAAGAAAUUCUAAAGGCUUUCAGGCUUUUUGAUGACGAUGAAACUGGGAAGAUCUCUUUUAAAAACCUAAAGCGUGUAGCCAGCGAGUUGGGGGAAAACCUCACUGAUGAGGAACUACAGGAAAUGAUCGACGAAGCAGAUCGGGAUGGGGACGGCGAAGUGAACGAGGAAGAGUUUCUUCGCAUCAUGAAAAAGACCGACCUCUAUUAA